CUGAUAGUUGCUCAUAGGAGGCUAGAAGCACACUGCUACAAUAUUUUACGUGGUUCGGCAAAACCGCCUACAUCCACGGGAGAGAGUCCAUUUUAUUAGAGAUUAGAGAAAGGAUAUACAUGGAGGAGGAGGAUCACUUCACUCAAACUCUACUCCCAGCUCUCAUUGCUGCACUUGCAGCUGCUGCAAUGGCAGCAAGGCUGCUGCCAUUGCAGCUCUCUACUUUCACUCUAUUCUCUUCACAUUCUCACACACUCUCUUCUCAGUUUGCUCUACUCUCUUGCUGCCUAUUUAUAGGCAAGAAUGGUGCCACCAGCUCCAACACUUCUUCAACAAAGGUGGCUGCCAACUCCAGCUCUUCUUCAACAAUGGUGGCUGCCAACCUUUGACAUCUUGGAUGGGUGCACAUGGUUGGUGCAACUCCAGCUGCAGCUGCUGCAAUUGUCAAUGGUUGUUGCACAUUAAUGGCAACCAACCCAACAGACCGACCAUAUGGGCUCGUUCUUUGUAGAGGAGAUGUCUCAUCGUCAGAUUGCAGAACCUGUGCUGCUAAUGCAACCAGGGAGAUCCGCAAGCUCUGCCCAAAUGGCAAACGUGCAAUCAUAGCGUACGAUAACUGUCUUUUGAAGUAUUCUGACUCGGACUUCUUUGGCCAGAUUGACGAAAACAAGUUCUCCACGUUUACUGUGAAUAAUGUGAGCAACCCAGUGCUAUUUAAGGAGAAGACUACCGAGCUGUUGAGCCAACUAGCAGACAAGGCUUCUUAUAACUCAUCAAAAUUGUAUGCUGCCGGAGAGAUGGACCUCCUUGAAGGAUCGAUGAAACUUUAUGGGAUGGCUCAGUGCACGAGGGAUCUUUCUAGUGUUGAUUGUAAGAAGUGUCUUGACGGUAAUAUAGGUGCACUUCCAGGAGUUGCUUAUGGAAACGAAGGGACUGUGGUUGGUGGGAGUUGCAUGGUUAUUUAUGCGACAUAUCCCUUUGUUAAGGCUUAAACUCGUAUGCCAUUCUAGGGUUUCGAGGAUCAAUGUCACUACAAGAAAUAAUUGUUCUAGGAACACAUGUAAUUUGAUUUAUUUUAUUUCCUUGAUUGUUCAAUAAAAUGUCACUACGUAUCGCUGUGAGAGCUAGAUAAACAA